AUGUCGGCCUCAAAGAAGCUUGUUGUUUGUGGUGGAACCGGUUUCUUGGGCUCUCGUAUCUGCAAAUAUGCUGUUGCUCGAGGAUGGGAUGUAACCUCCAUCAGCCGUUCUGGUGACCCUCGAUGGGACACUAUCAGUGCCUCGGCUACACCUCCAUCUUGGGCACAUAAAGUGAGCUGGGAGCGUGGUGAUAUUCUUCGUCCGGCUACGUAUGCUCCAUUACUCAAUGGCGCUGACUUCGUAGUGCACAGCAUGGGGAUCCUCCUAGAGGCUGAUUACAAGGGCGCCAUCUCAGGCAAGGAAUCCCCCAUUGCUGGUCUUCAGAAAGCUUUUGCUCCCGUCCGUGAUCGAGGUGUGGACCCUUUGGCUAAAGGACAAGGGGAGGACAUCAAGCCUCCAAACCCCAAGGAUCAAUUCACAUAUGAGAUUAUGAACCGCGACAGUGCAGUCACACUGGCUAAGCACGCGGUUGCUGCUAAAGUGAACGCCUUCUGCUACAUCUCUGCUGCAGCAGGUGCUCCUGUUCUCCCCCAACGAUACAUAUCGACCAAGCGAGAGGCCGAGAUCACCAUUGCCAACAAGUUCCCAGAACUCAGAGGACUUUUCAUCCGCCCUUCUUUCAUGUUUGAUAGCUCACGCCCGGUAACAAUGCCUCUGGCUGCAAUGGUUGGCCUUGGCACAGCCUUCAACGGUCUUACAGGCAACUACUUUAGGACUUUCAUCGGUGCGGCGGGAGUUAAGCCUCUAAAGGUCGAGACUGUGGCGGAGGCGGCGGUUGAGGCCCUGGGUGAUGAGACCAUCAAGGGUGCCAUCGACGUGCCUGAAAUUGAGGAGUUGGCGAGCAAAGCGUGGAGGAAAACCAUGCUGUAG